ACUGAGCUUCCAGUGUUUUGCAACCAAAGAUGAGCAUUCUCUGCAAAGGCUACCAGAGACUCUGAGCUUUGAUGAUGAAAAUGGCCAGAUUACAAAUGGCAAAGAAAUUGAACUGAAAGGCCAAACAAAUCAGAAGAGCAAUGAACAAGUACUAGAGAAGAGUAGUGUAGACAUUUCCAAAGAAAGUGUUCUAUUUUCUCCGUUGACAAUGCAAAAUAUUGAACAAGAUAGUGAAAACACAAUUAAAGAUACUAAACUAGUAAAAGAUAGCUCACUUCUUUCAUUUACAGAAUCCCAGUUAGAACACAGAGUAGACCCUUUAUUUACAUAUCCAAAAUGCAAGGAACACAAUUCUAAAAGUAAUGAAAGAGAGGAAUUUUCUAAUAUAAAAGAGAAAAGUGAAGGUUCUAGUUUAGAAGAUGAGCAGCAGGUAUCUUUACAAUCAAAAUUAAAUAUAAAAGAUUUACCAGAACAACAUGGAUACUUCUGUGAAGAUUCUUAUUCUAGUCAACAAAAUAUUAAUAAAAAGGGAGGAAGGCAGGGUUGCUUAGCUGAAAUUUUUUCAGGGGAUAAUGGUCAUGAAUUUGGCAUUGAUCACAUUGCUGACACAAAGAAAGUUCAAAUUUCAGACCAGUUAUCUUCUCUGGAAUUUGAUGAAUCACUAUCAAAACACCAUGUAAAGAAUGAAGUACAGGGACAACAUAUUACUUUGGAUUCUGAAGAAGAAAGAGAACUCACCGAUGUGGAAUAUACUAAAAAUUCUUCUGACAAAGGUUUGCAUGAUGUCUCACAAGAUUCCAUAAAAGAUAAUUUUUCCAACUCAAAUGUUGAUGAUGUUGUGUUAGACAAAAUUGUAGUGAAUAGCAAAGACAUAAGUUAUUUUCCCCAAGACAGAAUAAAACAGCUAGAGAAUUUUUCACAACAUAUUUCAAAGUGUGGUGAAGAUAACCUAGAACACAGUGAGCAAAUGAUAAAAAAUUAUGAGCCAAAUAAACCCCAAAAUGAAAAGAGAGCAAAUAUUUUGGCUAACCAAGAAACAUCUUCAGUAGAUACGUCUGAGGAAAUAAUACAAAGUGAGAAUAUAAUUCUUGAGCAAGACAGUCACACAUUAAAUUAUUUACUGUAUGGUUUGCAAAACAAAGGCAAUGAAGUUCCACAAUCUUCUGUGCCAUUUCCACAAGAGCAAAUAGAUGAAGACUACAGUAAAAGAGAACAUAUUUCAAAUCCAUCUGAACAGCAUUCUGAUAAUCCUAGAAUUAGUGAUGAUUCAUUAACAGUAAAUGUUCUUGGGGAACAAGUCCUACAAGAACAGAUUAUAGCACCUGACGCUAGUGCUGAUACUUUUUCUGAAGAGGAGCUGCAAUCUCAACAAAUUUCCAUGACUAUACCACACCGUAAGAAAGAGCCAAUAGAUAUCGAACUGGAUGAUUCAUCUUCCCAACAUGAGCCUUUGAUAUCUUCCAUAUCAUCAGAUUUAGAAGUACCUGAGCCCAGCAGUUCAAGUCAUCAUGAAGAUACGGAAAGCAUAAAUACAGAAAAUGAAUGUGAAUACCAGAAAAUAUCAUCAUAUCCUCAUUCAAAUGACAAUGUAACACCAAAGUUACAGGAUGUAGCAGAAUCACAGAAAAUGUCUGAAGAAAGUUUAGUUACAACAAAAACAACGGCAGAAUCCAAUCAUAUCCUAAUUGCUGAACACGAACAUUUAUUCCAAGAGCAAUCUAGUGUAGUUGAAAACUCUGAAAAAAGAAACCUAGCAUUACAUUUAGAAUCUUUUGAGUCUACUGAAUUGCAAACCCAGGCACCUCUUAAAAAUCACGGUGGCUCUAAUCCUAAUAACCCUUUGUCACAUAGUCCCCAUAAUCAUGAUUCAGCACACAACAACAUAGAAAGUGUACCUUCACAAAGUGAGCAGGGCUUGGAUACACUCCAUUUAAAUGCUGUGAAACAGAGAGAUCUGAAUGGUAUAAGACACAUUGACAGGGAAGAUGCUCUUCCAACUGAAAACAUGAAUCAUAUAGAAAAAUUAACUACAUCUGAAAAAGCAAGAGAUAGUAAGGAAAAAAGCAAAAAAGAUACUGAUGAUCAGAAAAAAACAGACUCCCAAAAUAUAAAUGAUAAAAAUGGUGUCAUGACAGAGGAAGUGGUGACUAGUAUUUUUACAAAAACUUCACAGUUUCUUGGAAGUUUGUUUAGUAAAAAUAAUAAUGGAGACUUUAGAAGAAAUUCUGAACACACAAUUCCUGUCCUAGACCCAAAUGAAAACAGGGAAGAUAUUAGGAUAAACCAGAUAAAGGUAGAAUUUAAUAACGUGCAAAGGAGAGAGGCUGAGUUAAAGGAAAAUGAAUCUGAACAAGAGAAAGACACAGUUCAGGCAGCAAAAGCUACAAGGAAAACAAGGAAAGAAAGCCAAAGAUUAAUUGAAGGGGACACAGAUAUAUCCAACCCAUUCAUUGCAUACCAACAGCUUUAUUCAAAAUUGUCUCAGGAAGUGAACCAACCUUUAAAGAGUCUAUGUGAAAAAAACAAACUCUUGGUGCUAGAACAACAGUUUAAAAAAGUUCAGCAUGAUAUCACUACUUUUACAUGUGAAGACAAUUUCAUGCAGAAGAAACAAGUGACUGCCUCUGUGGAAGAGGAACAUAAUCUGGACAUUGGCUAUGAGAAAUGUAUAAAGGAGAAAAUGAAUUUUCUUCCAGAGCUACAAGAUCUUCUAUCAGCCAUCAGAACAAAGUGUGAAGCCCAAAAUGCAGAAUCAGAUAUAUCUGAUGAGAGAAAAUUAUCAGACAAAGCUCCAAAAGAAGAUCAUCACAGGCAUACAGCUUUGUAUAAAGAACGUAACAGUGGCCAACAUUCAAAAGCAGUAACAAUUGCUCCAGUGAACACUCAGAAGAAAAUGUACAAUUCAGCGAAAAAUGUUCAGUUAGAUGCUAAAAAACCUUUAUCACAGAUCUUUUUUCUGAUUCAAAACUACAUUCCCAAUAAUGAAGAAGACUGGAUAUAUCAGAUUCUCCUGCAUUUUGAUGGUCUUGAUGUUGGUGACGUUGUAAAAUCUGUAUUUUCAGCAAUGGCAACUGUUAGCAAAAAGGUUGUGGCAGCGUUGCCUGAAGAUAUGAGACCUGGUCCUGAUCUUUAUGGUUUCCCAUGGGAAAUAGUGAUUUGUGCUGCAGUUGUUGGAGUUUUUACAGUCUUACUGUUUCUGUGUAGGAGUUAUCAAUCAGUUAGAAGCAGACUUUAUAUAGGAAGGGAAAAACAACUUGCCAGUAAAGUUGCUGAACUACUUGAAGAGAAAUGCGAAGUUCUUGAAAAACUUAGUCUCCACAAGAAAGAGUAUGAAGACUUAGAAUCAUCUCUAAAGGAUGCCAGUCUUCUGAAAGAGUCAACAAAUACAUCACAUAUUGAGGCAACCUGUGAAAAACUGAACAGGUCAAACACUGCACUCAAGGAUGAAAUAGAGAAUUUAGAAAAAGAGCUGGAAGAAGAGAAGUCAAAGCGAUCAGAACAGGAUGACUUGAUGGUGGAAAUACAGAGAAGAAUGGAGUCUUUAGAAAAUGAAGCAAAAUCUAUCCAGUCACAAGUGGCAGAAGCCAAGACCACAUUAAAAGUAUUUCACAUUAAUAAAGAGAGACUUGAAACCUCUGUCCAAGAUGCAAUACAGGAAAACUGUCAUCUUCAGGAAAGCGAGAAACAGCUUUUACAAGAAGCUGAAGGAUGGGGUGAACGAUUUAGUGAACUAAAUGAACAAACAAAAAUGUUUGAAUCGUCUAAAGCAGAUAUGGAGGAAGCUCUGAAAAACAAGGAAAGUCAAGUCAAGUCAUUGACAGAAUGUUUAUUGAAGAUGAAAGACUGGAGCAUAGCAAUAGGAGAAGACCACACUGAAGACAACCACUGGGAUGUUGAUAUAACAGAAAAUGGUGAGCUUUUAGAUGAUCAGCAAAAACGAACUAUAAAGAAGUUGAUCUAUGCUGCUAAGUUAAAUGCUUGUUUAAAAACCCUGGAAGCAGAAAGAAAUCAAGUAUAUUUAAAACUGGCAGAUGAAGAUAAAGCUAAAGAAGAACUUAAAGAACGGAUUGAAAACCUCCAAAGUGAGCAAGUCUCCUUGCAGUCUGAAAAUGCACAUUUUGAAAGUGAACUUCAGAAGCUUCAGCAAAAGCUUAAAGUAAUGACCGAGCUAUAUCAAGAAAAUGAAAUGAAACUACACAGGAAACUAACAGUAGAAGAGAGAGAACGGUUACAGAAAGAAGAAAAACUCUCUAAAGUAGACGAGAAAAUUAAUCAUGUUGCUGAAGAACUAAACAUUUACAGACAACGAGCAAAAGAUCUAGAAGAAGAGCUAGACAGAACCAUUCAUUCUUAUCAGAGUCAGAUUACGUCACAUGAGAAAAAAGCUCACGAUAACUGGCUGACAGCCCGGGCAGCGGAAAGACAUCUCAGUGAUCUGAGAAAAGAAAAUGCACACAACAGACAAAAAUUAACUGAAAUGGAAUUUAGAUUUGACCUUUUAGAAAAAGAUCCUCAUGCUCUUGAUGUUCCAGUUAGACCAUUUGGCAGAGAGCAUUCCCCAUAUGGACCCUCACCCAUGGGCCGGCCUUCAUCUGAAACAAGAGCUUUUCUUUCCCCGCCAACCUUAUUGGAGGGCCCUUUAAGACUUUCACCUAUGCUUCCAGGUGGUGGAGGAAGAGGAUCAAGAGGAGCAGGGAACCCUGCCAUGUAUGAAGCUGCUAAUGAAAGAGGAGAAUUGAGCUCUGAUAGGUUAUCUGAUCCCCACAGAGCACCUUCAGACACUGGGUCCCUAUCUCCUCCAUGGGAUAGAGAUCAUAGGAUAAUGCUCCCAUCAUCAGGUCAGCCAUAUAAUGAUCCGACUCUCCCCCCUCGAAGACAAGAAAGAUUUUAUUCUAAUCCUCCAAACUCAGGAAGACUUUCUGGACCAGCAGAACUACGAAGUUAUAACAUGCAGUCUUUUGAUAAAGCAGAUGGGCAAGCAUCUCCAGAAAAUAGUUUGAGGACAGAGCCAAGUGGAAAUGGAACUAAAGACCAUCCCAAUUUUAGUAAUUUCCUAAAUGUGUCUGAUCACUCACUUGCCUCUGGAAGUGAAGCAAUUGGAUCAGGGUUUGCCCCCCCACCUCUCCCUCCAGUGAGAGCUCCUCUGCUGCCAGUGGAUCCUAGAGGAGCUUUUAUUAGAAGAGGACCUCCUUUCCCACCUCCUCCUCCUAUUGGCAUGUAUGGACCUCGUGAAUAUUUUCCAAGGGAUUUUGCUGGUCUACCACAUCCUUCAGUGGCAAUGAGAAAUCCAUUUCCAGUGAGGCCUUUUUCUCAAUAUCCACCACAAAGAGCUGGAUCUUUUCCACCUCCUCCACCUUCACUUGAAAAUAGGAGUGAGCCUCCUGGGUUAAUUCAUCAAUCAAAUACUCCAGCUACAGGACAUCCAGAGCCACAGCAAGACACCUGAUGCUGUUGUCUGACAUCUUGGGGAUUAACCUGAUGUACUGUUUCUAUACCUGUAAGAUCUUCAGUUAAGUAACUUUUGUUACUUAAGGGAUUCUAUAUAAAUACUUUGCUCAAAUUGAAGCUUAAUAGAAUAAUUCUCAAGAUAGUGUUUUGUAAAUAAGGAUAAAUUAAAUGGUUUCUAUUGUACAGUAGUCAUUGUAAAUUAAGUAUUUUUAAUUUGAGUCACCUGUUCUGAAGGUGUACUAAACUAGAGUAACAUUAAGAACUGUCCAGCUAUUGUCUCAGCUGCAUAGGAAAACUCUGCAUGCAAAGAGUGGUGCUUGCUGUAGGAGUAAGACAAAAUGUGAAAAUAACAAAUGUUUGAAUAAAUAAAAUGCAGUCACUAAA